ACUAAAAUACCCUUGACUAAUUUCAAAAUAUACAAACAAACCUAUCUUCUCUCUCGUAAUCGUCACAAUACAAAUCUCCAUCUUCACGGAGAGAAGAGUUUUUCGCCGUCCAUCGCCGUCGUGACCAGGCGUCGGCUUCUGCCGUAAUUCUUAGCAGCAAAAGAAGCAAAAGCUGAGAAAAAAAAAUGGAGAAGUUGGAGGACUUGAAAAUUCUGGCGGAGCAGUGGUUGCAUCAAGGAAUUGAAUUUGUUCAACAAGUGCCACAGACUCCACUUUAUGCUUCGAUUGUUGUCCUGUUAUUAACUACAAUCUGGUUCUUAUCAAUUCGCUUGUUCAGACGUGCGAAACCCAAUACUGUACUCCUCUGUGGACUUAGCGGAAGUGGCAAAACUGUGCUCUUUUAUCAACUCCGAGAUGGAUCUUCUCACCAGGGUGCUGUGACGUCAAUGGAACCAAACGAAGACACCUUUGUGCUCCACACUGAAAACACUAAGAGAGGAAAAACAAAACCUGUUCAUCUUGUUGAUGUUCCUGGGCACUCUCGCCUUAAAUCUAAGCUAGAAGAAUACUUGCCUCGAGCAGCCGCCAUUGUGUUUGUAGUAGAUGCACUUGAAUUCCUUCCGAACUGCCGUGCAGCUUCAGAGUACCUCUACGACGUUCUGACCAAUGCGAGCGUUGUUAAGAAUAAGGUCCCGGUCCUGCUUUGUUGUAACAAGACAGAUAAGGUAACUGCACACACCAAGGAGUUUAUCCGCAAACAGAUGGAGAAAGAAAUAGAGAAACUUAGGGUUUCGAGGAGCGUGAUAUCAGCAGCUGAUAUAACCAAUGACUUUACUCUUGGGAUUGAAGGAGAAUUGUUUUCCUUUUCGCAUUGCUUAAACAAAGUCACGGUCGCUGAAGCAUCUGGACUAACGGGAGAAACAGAUCAAGUACAAGACUUCAUCAGAGAAUAUGUUAAGCCAUGAGAGACGAGAUGUGUGAGCAUCAAUCAUACACUCUUAAAAAGUCUUUUACUGUAUUUUGUACAUGAAAUUUAUGAUUUGUGAUAGUGAUUGUUGGAGGAUUUUGUAUGUUGAAAUCGUGUUAGUGCCUUAGAGAGUUUGUUUAUGGACUGGAUCUUUUAGCGUUUCAACUUCGUUAUGUGAAGAUCCUCAUGGAACCUUCAU